UGUUUCUGUGUUAACCUCGCACCAUCAUUAACCACACCAAUUUCUCCUAAUUAUUCAUCCAAUUCCCAUUUCAUUCAAUCCAACACAGAAACUAAUACAUAUAUUUGUUUGGAUAAGCCAAAAGGCUUAAUCCAAGCCUCAAACAAACUGCUCCAGCAGCAAUGGCUAUCCUUGCUUUCCCCUUAGUCAUUUCCUUUCUUAAGCCCAACGCUCCUUACUUCUCUCUCCUCCGUCUCGCCAAGCCCAAUGCCAUCCUCACCGCGCCUCCGCCGCCUUUGAACCGCCGCUACUUCCGCCGAACAACCGCCGCCUCCGCAGUUCACACUUCUUCAGUUCAGCAGCAGUCCUCGACAGAUGCCAGCGAUGAGCCGAAGAAAGCUUCUGUUCUGACAUUUCAACAAGCUAUUCAAAGGCUCCAGGAAUAUUGGGCGUCUGUUGGAUGUGCUAUAAUGCAAUGCAGCAACACCGAGGUUGGAGCCGGGACUAUGAAUCCUUUGACAUACUUGAGAGUUCUUGGUCCAGAACCAUGGAAUGUUGCGUAUGCGGAACCUAGCAUCCGGCCAGAUGACAGUCGUUAUGGGGAAAAUCCUAACAGGCUCCAACGCCACACUCAAUUUCAGGUUAUACUAAAGCCUGAUCCAGGAAAUUCUCAAGACCUCUUUAUUCGUAGCCUUUCAGCAUUAGGUAUUGAUGUUAGUGAGCAUGAUAUACGGUUUGUUGAGGACAAUUGGGAGAGCCCGGUACUGGGUGCAUGGGGUUUGGGCUGGGAGAUCUGGAUGGAUGGUAUGGAGAUCACUCAGUUCACCUAUUUCCAGCAGGCUGGAAGUCUUCAAUUGUCACCAAUAUCUGUUGAAAUCACAUAUGGCCUUGAGCGCAUACUUAUGUUACUUCAGGGUGUCGAUCAUUUUAAGAAAAUUCAGUAUGCUGAUGGGAUCACAUAUGGUGAACUUUUCAUGGAAAAUGAGAAGGAGAUGAGUGCUUAUUAUUUAGAACAUGCCAGUGUUGACCAUAUUCAAAAGCAUUUUGAUUUUUUUGAGGAAGAAGCUCGUUCCUUACUUGCUUCAGGAUUGCCAAUUCCUGCGUAUGACCAGCUUCUGAAGACAUCUCAUGCUUUUAAUAUCUUGGACUCUAGAGGCUUUGUUGGAGUAACAGAGCGUGCUCGUUAUUUCGGUCGCAUGCGCAGUUUAGCCCGUCAAUGUGCUCUACUCUGGUUAAAGACACGAGAAUCUCUUGGACAUCCUUUGGGUGUUGUCUCUGAAUCUGUUGACCAUGUAUGUCCUAAAGAGGUUCUGGAGGCAGCAGUCAAAAAGGUGCACCAUGAUCCAAGAUUGUUUGUUCUUGAAAUUGGGACUGAAGAGAUGCCACCUCAUGAUGUAGUUAACGCAAGCCAGCAACUUAAAGAUUUACUGUUGCAGCUACUUGAAAAACAUAGAUUGAACCAUGGUGGCAUUCAGGCUUUUGGCACUCCUCGCAGACUAGUGAUAUCUGUUGAAAGUCUUUGUCCAAAGCAAGCAGAGAAUGAGCUUGAGGUUCGGGGACCUCCCGCUUUGAAAGCCUUUGACCCUCAGGGAAAUCCUACAAAGGCUGCUGAGGGUUUUUGCCGCAGAUAUGCUGUUCCACUAGAUUCUUUGUUCAGAAAGGCAGACGGGAAAACAGAGUAUGUUUAUGCCCGUGUAAAAGAAUCCGCUCAAUUUGCUUUGGAGGUUUUAUCUGAAGAAUUGCCCAGAAUGCUUGCUAAAAUAACUUUCCCAAAGUCGAUGCGCUGGAACUCACAGGUCAUGUUCAGCAGACCUAUUCGUUGGAUUAUGUCCCUCCAUGGAGAUGCAGUGGUUCCAUUUACAUUUGCUGGGAUUUUGAGUGGAAACUUAUCUUAUGGUCUUCGUAAUACUGCAACAGCUACUGUCAUGGUAGAAAGUGCAGAAUCUUAUUGUAGUAUAAUGAAGAAUGCUGGACUUGGUAUUGAUAUUGAGGAUAGAAAGAAAACAAUUUUGGAGCGCUCACAUUUAUUAGCAAAAAGUGUCAACGGAAAUAUUGCUUUUCAGGAAAGCUUGUUCAAUGAGGUUGUUAAUCUUGUUGAAGCACCUGUUCCUGUGCUCGGAAAGUUUAAAGAGUCUUUCUUAGAGCUUCCUGACGAUCUUUUAACUAUGGUUAUGCAGAAGCAUCAAAAGUAUUUUCCCAUUACUGAUGAUAAUGGAAAGCUGUUGCCCUACUUCAUUGUGGUAGCAAACGGAGCAAUCAAUGAGAUGGUGGUGAGAAAAGGAAAUGAAGCUGUUCUCAGAGCUCGAUAUGAAGAUGCCAAAUUUUUCUAUGAGCUGGAUACAAAUAAAAGAUUUAAGGAUUUCCGUACUCAACUGAAGGGGAUUCUUUUUCAUGAGAAGUUAGGAACAAUUCUGGACAAGAUGACACGAGUUGAAAGCAUGGUUUGCAAGCUAAGCAUGGGCUUUGGAUUUGAAGAAGAUAUGCUUCUGAUUAUUAAGGAGGCUGCAUCACUUGCAAUGUCAGAUCUUGCUACUGCUGUUGUCACUGAAUUUACUUCACUCUCUGGCAUAAUGGCCCGUCAUUAUGCUCUUAGAGAUGGCUAUUCAGAGCAGAUUGCUGAGGCCUUGUUUGAGGUAACACUUCCUAGGUUUUCUGGAGAUGUGCUCCCCAAAAGUGAUGUGGGAAUAAUUCUUGCAAUAGCUGACCGACUUGACAGUCUUGUUGGCUUAUUUGCUGCUGGUUGUCAGCCUAGCUCCACUAGCGAUCCAUUUGGCCUAAGAAGAAUCUCUUAUGGCCUAGUCCAGAUACUGGUGGAAAAGGAUAAAAAUAUGAAUUUGAAACACGCUCUGGAACUUGCUGCUGAUGUUCAGCCCAUUAAAGUUGAUGCAACCACAAUAGAGGAUGUAUAUCAGUUUGUUACACGAAGACUAGAGCAAUAUCUGGUUGAUAAGGGAAUAAGUCCAGAAGUGGUUCGUUCCGCCCUUGCAGAGCGUGCUAACUUGCCUUGUCUAGCUGCUAAAACAGCACGGAAAUUGGAAGCCUUGUCGAAAGGAGAUCUUUUCCCCAAGGUCGUAGAAGCUUAUUCUCGUCCAACUAGAAUUGUCCGUGGAAAGGAGGUGGAUGCUGAUAUUGAGGUGGAUGCUACUGCAUUUGAAACAAAUGAAGAGAGAGCAUUAUGGGACACUUUCUUGUCUGUUGAGAACAAAAUUCACCCUGGUAUCGAGGUUGAUGACUUCAUUGAAGUAUCCUCAGAGCUAGUACAACCAUUGGAAGAUUUUUUUAAUCAAGUUUUUGUGAUGGUGGAGGAUGAAAGAAUUAGAAAGAACAGGUUGUGUUUGCUUAAGAAAAUUGCAGACCUUCCAAAAGGUGUGGUAGAUCUCUCAGUUUUGCCUGGAUUUUGAUCCAACAAUAUAUGUACAUGCUUCCAUUGGAGUAAAGAUGAGGUGAGUAGGAGUUGAAUUUAUUUUCUGGAAGUAAGAGUCCAACACUGUAUCAAUGUACCACAUUGCUAUUCCUUGUGCAUUGAUGUGUAAAAUAAUAGUUUUGACAUCGCAAAGCUUAUAAAAUUUUGUUGGCAUA